AUGGUGAAGCAUGUAGCAAUUAUCGGUGCUGGGGCUGCUGGGAUGAGUGCAGCGGAGGCACUUUCGGCACUUUGCAAAGUUACGGUCAUUGAGCGCACAAACACAUGCGGGGGGAUGGCCACAUCUGAAAAGAUUGAUUCGGCAAAGUUCGGUGCAUCGUACAUAAACGAUGGAGUUCAGGGUUGCAGCCCCCAAUUUGCUAAUACCUUCGCUGUCUUCGACACCAUCCUGGGAUUCAAACCUGCGGAUAUUAACCUACAAGUCAGCUUUGGACGUGAUAUUGAUGAAGAUUUUUGGAGCAACGUAUUCCCAAGCAAUGUCAUUGACAAGUAUACCGCCGACAUUCGAAAGUUCGGGAGAGUGCUCAAGGUCAUCAAGAGCGUGGAGCCCGUUUUUGGACUGAUCCCGGUCGAUGUCAUGCUCAGCAUGUUUCGUUUUUCGCCGGUAUGUCAAGUAUUGUUGCCACUUUCAGCAUCUAAUAGCCUACAGGGCUUUGGAGAUGUCAUUGUUUACCCUUUAGUUGCUCUAUUCAUGCCCGCACGACUUAUUUCGCUGCAGUUUGAAUUCUCACCAGAAUCAUUUCUGGCGUCCAUACCUCCAAUGAAAGCUUUUCCUCGCCUAUCAGAGGUAUACACUACGUGGAAGAACCGACUUCAAGCUAAAGGUGUAGAGUUCCUCUUGGAGACGCAGGCCAUUUCUGUACUUCGAAGGAGAGAUGGCGUAACCCUGUCGGUACAAAGCGUCAAGAAUUCCAAUACUCUUCAUGAAAAUGAAACAUUGGGUGAAAUUAGACAACUUCAAUUCGAUGAGAUGAUUCUCGCCUGUGAUGCGAACACGGCGCUGAAGAUCCUUGGUACUGAGGCUACCUUCAUGGAAAAGAGAGUCCUUGGAAACGUCAAAGUACGUAAAUCAACUAUCGUGGACACCUAUUUGUAUGCUAACGAUGACCAGUAUUUAUACGAUGUCUCUGUGACUCAUUGCGAUAGAGAUUAUAUGGAAAAGUACUAUCAACUGGACUUUAAAGAAGAACUCUUUUCUUCGGAACGUAAAGACAAUCCGAAGGAACUUGAGAAGAUGGAUUACGCUAAGAAGAACUUCAAACCAUUAUACUUUAUUCGGAGUUAUCCAGCAGACAAGCGCAAAAUAGAAAUGAGCUUCGACCUGUAUGGUGCAUUUCGUUUUCCUGCACUUUCUAUCGCUCAUCUUAUGCAGCACUAA